CUUUCAUUACUUUUGUUUUAUUCGGUUUCCGUGAGGAUACAUGCUAUAAGCAAAAAAGUAGUAGCUAUCAAUAGAUAAUUUAUUAUUAAACAAAUAAUACUAUAUCUGCAAUGUUAAGUUAAAGUAAAUAAUCGUGUAAAAUAAUAUUUAUUGUAUUGUUUUUAAUUCGAAAUAAUAUUAACACUAAUAUUGACAAAGAUAGCAUAAUAUUUGGUUAUACGUUUUUAUUUUUUAAUAGAAGCGUAAUUCACAACAGUCAGUUAGACCGUCGAAUUUCAAUUUAAAAUGUUUGAAAUAAUUUUUUACAUAAUUGUUGUCAUUUUUGUGGCGAUGUGGUGUUACUCAAAAUGGCAAAAGAGGCCAUUUGAAAAAUUGGCAGCUAUUAUGCCGGGGCCUACUUCUUACCCGAUCAUUGGAGUAGGAUAUCAGUUUAUUGGAUCAACAACAGAACAGAUCAUGAGCACAGUAAUUGGAUAUGUGAAAGAUUAUAAUCUCGAGCCAUAUAGACUUUGGAUUGGACCAUAUUUUGGAGUAGUCAUUGUUAAACCAGAAGACCUACAAAUUGUCUUAAAUAGUUCAAAAGCGCUUCAGAAAGGCAGUAUGUACGUUUUUUUCAAGAACAUUGUUGGUGAAGGCUUAUUUUCUGCACCAGUUGACAAAUGGCGGAAACAUCGUCGAAUCAUAUCGCCUUUGUUUAGUGGUAAACUUUUGGCACAAGUUUUCCCAGUAUUUGUCGAGAAAAACAAAAUCCUUGUAAGGAACGUCACGAAACAAUUAAAUAAAACACAAGCGUUCGAUAUCUGGGACUAUAUUGCACCAGCCGCACUUGAUACUAUUUGCGAAAUUACUAUGGGUUACAAUCUUGACACUCAAUCGAACAAAAGUGAAUGUGAAUUUGCCGAAGCAGUAAUAACAGCAACAGAUUUAGACGCGAUGCGAAUUUACAAGCCAUGGUUACAUCCAGAAUUUGUUUUUUCAAUGUAUGUAAAACUCACUGGACAGCAAAGAGUCUUUGAAAAAGUGCAAACAUUUCCAAAACAAGUAAUCAAAGAGAAGAAAAGCGAAUUUGACCAGAAAAAAAAAGAAAUUAAUGCUAAAAUAAACGUUACCGACGGUAAAAACGAAAACCAAUCAAAACUAUUUUUGGAUACAUUGCUUGAACUGAACAAUGAUGGUGAACAUUUUUCAGAAUCUGAUAUUAGAGAUCACGUUGUUACCAUAUUGUCAGGGGGCAGUGAAACCAGUGCUAUCACAAUCUGUUUCUGUCUUUUGAUGUUAGCUAUAGAACAAGAUAUCCAAGAUAAGGUAUAUGACGAAAUUUACCAUAUAUUUGGUGAAGGUGACCGAACAAUAACUAUUGAAGACACUACUAGACUUGUGUACUUAGAAAAAGUGAUAAAAGAAACCCUUCGGUUAUACCCUGUUGGGCCAGUGUUACUCAGAUCAACUGAAGAAGAUCUUCAAAUAUUUUCAAGUGAUUACGUAUUGCCUAAAGGAACAACAUGUGUUAUAAGCGUAAUAGGCACACAUUAUAAUCCUGAUUUGUACCCGAAUCCUUGGACUUUUGACCCUGAAAGAUUCAGCCCAGAAAAUGUCGCUAAACGUCAUAGAUAUAGCUUCAUACCUUUUAGUGGUGGUCCAAGAGGUUGCAUAGGAACCAAAUAUGCUAUGAUAUCGUUAAAAGUCGGCGUGUCUACGUUCUUGCGAAAUUUUAGCGUACAUACAGAUAUCAAACAUACAGAUAUUAGGUUAAAAUUAGGUUUAUUGAUGAGAAGUGCUAAUGGUUACCCUGUUACGAUUCGACCACGAGUCAAAAGACCGACAUAUGAGUGAAAUCAGAAUUCACUAGGAUAAUGCACAAUUGAUUAAUGAUUAAUCCGAUUCAUGAAUUUUUUAAAUGUUAAAAUUAAUGUAUUAUGUGUAUUUUUGAAUACAGUAUAUGGUGUUGACAAGAAUAAACUGCCAAGUGGAGGUUACAUACUCAGUUGUUUAAUAAACGUAAUUUGUUUACUGCUCAGAGCUCCAGAAGUUUUCUUCACCACUGUGAUAACUUAAAUACGUUUUUAUUUAAAUUAUUCCAAUCAAGUUAAAAUUAAAACAUUCAAUAUCAAAGAAAUAUUAUAUUGUUCAUUGAUUAUGAAUUAUAUUCGUUCUUAGGAGUUAGAUAUGAUAUAAAAAAACCCAUUCACUAAAAAAGUUAAAGUUAGAUUCUUUAGGUCAGUGGUGACAAAGCACGGCUCGAGGGCCAUAUUCGGAUAUCGACCAUUUUUUUAAAUGUGUUAAAAUUAAUUCCAAAUUGAAAAAAAAUACUAACAAUGUAACUAACAUUGUAACGUUUGUUAAAUUUAAGAUUAAUUAGUAUUUCCCAUUUCUUAUUGUGUAAAUAAUAGUCUAAUUUGUAUCAGUGUACCUAUAUUAAUCUGUGCCAACAAUGAAACAUAAUAUUCACUAAAGGAAAUAUUUGAACUCUUGGUCCGCCAAUAAUUUUGUAUAGCUUUUUGUAAAAAAAUCAUACUUUUAAUUUAGAUUCAUUAUAUUUAUGUAUACUUACAA